CUGGGAAGAUAUUGUGUGGAAGUGACCGCAGUGUCUCUGCCACUCAGGCUGGUGUGACAUACAGUUGCAUAGCGACUGAUACUGUACGUCAUAUCCUUAUAGCCCCACAACGUAGCGACGACAUGGCGGUGUCCGUAGCUGUAGACGAACCCGGGAUACUUAUGGAAGGUCCCCACUGGGACGACCGCUCGGGGACGCUGCUGUAUGUGGACAUCCACGGCCAGCACGUCCACCGCUGGGAUCCCGUCACAAAACACAAGGACACGUAUGACAUAGACUGUAUGGUAGGAACAGUCGUCCCUAGGGAAUCAGGAGGGGCCGUGGUGGCUGCUGGGACAAAGUUUGCCUUCCUGGAUUUCGAGACCAGACAACUGACCGAUGUUGCAACAGUGGACCAGCACAAACCCACCAACCGGUUCAACGAUGGGAAGUGCGAUGCUGCCGGCAGGUUUUGGGCUGGCACGAUGGGUGCUGAACCUGUCCCCACAAAAGUCGAACGUAAAGUCGGAUCUUUGUACUGUCUUCACACCGAUGGUAAUGUGACAAAGGCUUUUAAUGAAGUUGACAUCUCUAACGGACUGGCAUGGACAUCUGACAACUCAAUCAUGUACUACAUCGACUCACUCCUGUACAGCGUGGAUGCCUUCGACUUCGACUUGUCCACUGGAAUACCAAGCAACCGUCGUCAAGUGAUGACCUUUGACCCCACAGUAGAUGGCGUGCCUGAUGGCAUGUGUAUCGACACGGAUGGUAAGCUGUGGGUAGCCAUGUUUAAUACUGGCCAGGUGCUGCAGGUGGACCCAAAUACAGGUACACAGCUUCGCUCCAUCAAGUUUCCGGCUCCACGCACCACGUCUUGCUGUUUCGGAGGCCCUAACCUUGACGUCAUGUACGUGACAAGUUCAAGGAAAGGUUACUCUGCAGAGGAGGUCCAGCAGAAGCCUCUGUCUGGAUGUGUGUUCCAGGUGACCGGGCUGGGAGCCAGGGGCACACCCGGACUGUGCUACAAUGGAUGAACCCCUUGUGAGAGACUCUAGAAAUGAUCACAAUUGGUGCCUUCUGUUUUAACUUUAGAACCAUUUGCUCCCUGAAACAAAUGGACAAAAUUGGUCAAAUAGGUCGAGUAAUAAGUCAGAGGAGCAAGCUAGCCAUAUAGAGUCACAACCGUUGCAAGCACAACUGCAAAGUUGCAAGCACAGCUGUAAGCUGGUCUAGUACAAAAAUUUAACAGUCCGUAGUGUUGCCAAAUUUCUUGCCAAAUUGAGGUAGCCAGACACGACAAGCAAGAAUCCAUUCAGCGUCUGUAAUUGAAGAGAAAAGGUUUUUAUUCAUGCAGACUUUUGUGAUGCAUAACACAAGAUAAUGGAACAUUUGAUAAUUUAUUACUACAUUUUUACAUAUAUGUCUAUCACCAAUUCAGAAAUAGUAAUUGAUAUUACUUGGUAGCUAAAAAGAGAGAAAAGUACUGAUGAUAUGACAAGUCAAGCGCAAGCAAGAAUCCCUUAGGGUUUUAUAAUUCAAGAAAAAUAGUUUUGAUUCAUGCAGACAGUUAUGAUGCAUGACACAUAAUGAGAAAGUUUUAAUACAUUUUGAAAUAUAUGUCUAUCAACAAGUCAGAAAUAGUAAUUGAUAUUACUUGGUAGAUAUAGAAUGGAGAAAAGUUAUUACUAUUGCGGUCCAAAGCUUCAAUAGCUGAUUGACAUCUGUUCAGUACCUUACCCCUUAACACUACCGCUAAUCCUGUUGGCAAUAAGAAUAGUAUGUCUAAUGAUAUGCUGGAAAGUAGCAUAUUUGUGAUGGAUUAAAGAUUGCCUUACAUUGAAACUCUGACAUAUAUGUCUCGCAAUGUUUCUUUACGACAGCAAUGAUACACAAACCUCAACGGAAAGCAGCGAACGAAAAAUUCACAAAACAGUUGACGAACAAUUCCGUUCAUAUUGUUGCUUCCACAAGAACUUACUUGUUAUGGUUUUGAAUUUCCUAUUGCAAUAUCAUAUCCUGUUAAUAUAUCUACAUGUAAGUUCAACUGUUUUGUAUGUACAAGUUGCCAUAUUACAAUUGUCAUGCAAUAAAUUUCUGACUGAUUGUGAUAAAAGGAUA